AUGGAUCGCCUGGAUCACCUGGAUUACCUAGAUCGCCUGGAUUACCUGGAUCGCCUGGAUUACCUGGAUCGCAUGGAUUACCUAGAUCACCUGGAUUACCUGGAUCGCAUGGAUUACCUAGAUCACCUGGAUUACCUAGAUCGCCUGGAUUACCUAGAUCGCAUGGAUUACCUAGAUCGCAUGGAUUACCUAGAUCGCAUGGAUUACAUGGAUUACCUGGAUCGCCUGGAUUACAUGGAUUACCUGGAUCGCUUGGAUUACAUGGAUUACCUGGAUCGCCUGGAUUACAUGGAUUACCUGGAUCGCUUGGAUUACAUGGAUUACCUAGAUCGCAUGGAUUACAUGGAUUACCUGGAUCGCCUGGAUUACAUGGAUUACCUGGAUCGCAUGGAUUACCUGGAUCGCCGGAUUACCUGGAUUACCUGGAUCGCAUGGAUUACCUGGAUCGCAUGGAUUACCUGGAUCGCAUGGAUUACCUGGAUCACCUGGAUUACCUGGAUCGCCGGAUUACCUGGAUCGCCGGAUUACCUGGAUUACCUGGAUCGCCUGGAUUACCUGGAUCGCAUGGAUUACCUGGAUCGCAUGGAUUACCUGGAUCGCAUGGAUUACCUGGAUCACCUGGAUUACAUGAAUCACCUGGAUUACAUGAAUCACCUGGAUUACAUGGAUCGCAUGGAUUACAUGGUUCGCAUGGAGUACCUGGAUCGCAUGGAUUACCUGGAUCGCCUGGAUUACAUGGAUCGCAUGGAUUACCUAGAUUGCCUGGAUUACAUGGAUCGCAUGGAUUACAUGGAUCGCAUGGAUUACCUAGAUCGCCUGGAUUACAUGGAUCGCCUGGAUUACAUGGAUCGCCUGGAUUACAUGGAUCGCCUGGAUUACAUGGAUCGCAUGGAUUACCUAGAUCGCCUGGAUUACAUGGAUUACAUGGAUCGCAUGGAUUACAUGGAUCGCAUGGAUUACCUAGAUCGCCUGGAUUACAUGGAUCGCCUGGAUUACAUGGAUCGCCUGGAUUACAUGGAUCGCAUGGAUUACAUGGAUCGCCUGGAUUACAUGGAUCGCAUGGAUUACCUAGAUCGCCUGGAUUACCUGGAUCGCCUGGAUUACAUGGAUCGCAUGGACUGCAGACGAGAGCAGUUUACGUCUGCUUUUGAGAGUCUGUCUUUCAAAUAUGCAGAUUUGAACUCGGCGGUGACCUGCAGAUAA